AUGAAAAUAUUCAGGGUUCGUCCUCUUUUAAGGUCAUUCCAUACCACACCAAUACAAAGUUCUGAAGUUAAAUUAAAACUUAAUAAAUUUCAAAAGACAAAUGAAGUACUUUUGAAAACAUCAAAAGAUCAAGAAAAAUAUUUAAAGAAAAAACAAAUCCAAAAGCAUAAAUUAGAAAAGACUGCAUAUACAAAACAACAAGCAUUUCAUGUAUUGAAAAAAAAUCAUGGUGAAGCUAUUAACAAUCUAUCAGAUAUGGGCCCAACAAGUAAAUCUGAUCUUCAAUACAUGUCACUUACAAGAGAUAAACGAUUGAUAUAUACAAUGUUGGGUACAAGUGGUGAACAAUUAAGAGAUGCAGUCUUGGUGACUCGUGAUGUUAACAAGUUUUUGAAACGUAACCAAGUAGAAAAGGCAGUUUAUUUAACACGUUUAGCUGGCAGUAGGGGAUCUGCAGGUUUGAAUUCUAUUUUGAGUUAUUAUCUAAAUAAUCAAUCACCAAAUUCUGCAAUUGAUAUGUAUAAUUGGAGUAGGAAAUGGAAUAUACCAAUUGAUGACUAUACAUAUACGAUCUUAUUUGAUGGAAUUUCCAAACAACUUCUUCCAGUUUCUAAUAAAAUUGGAGAAAAAAUUUUAAGCAUGGUAGAUAAUUUAAUUAAUGAAAAAAAAUUAAAUAUUACUAGGUUUAAUUCUGCAUUGCAUGCCCUAUCGAAUUGUACAGAUUCAAUUUAUAUGUUUCAAUUAUGGGAGAAAAAUUUAUCUGGAGUAAAACGAGAUAAAAUUAGUUAUUCAACUUUAUUAAAAGGUUGUAUACAAUUGAACGAUGAUGUAAAAUUUUUUGAAAUAGUCAACAGUAUCAUGGAAAAUAUACCUAAAAGUUGUGUUGAUGAAAGAGUAUUAUUUCAAUAUUGUAAGACAUUAUUAUCAAGAGACAAUACUAAAGUUCAAAAUACUGCAUUUGUUUGUUUAUUAAAAUAUUUUGAAUUUGAAACUACUAUAUAUGGGUUACCAGAAGUUUCUAAAGAUGUUCAACUUUAUGAAUUGGAUCAUUGGUCAAUUGAAAAAAAAUUUCCUCUUACAUCACAUCCUGUAGGGUUAUUAUUGGAUACUAGUGUAAGAAUUGGUAGAGAGAAAAGAGGAUUAGAUGUAUUUGAAAAUUUGCAAAGAUCAAAUCCACAAAUAAUGGAUAUUGGUAUUUAUCAUAAAUACAUGGAAAUUUAUAUGAAAUUAUUUUCCACUGAUUGUGUGAAAAAGACAUUAGAAGUAUAUGAAUUCUUAAAGACCAAUGAUUUCCCCUCAUCUAAAAAAUCAUUAAACCUUGUUUAUAAAUCAUUUAAAAGAGAAAUGUUAAAAAAACCAGUAAUGAUCGAUAAAGAAAGAGAGACGAAAUUGAUGGAACAAUUAUUAAAAUUCAUGAAAGAUGAAGAAGGGUUUACAAAUGAAGAAGGUGACAAAAUAAUACCCAGAUCUGCAUGGAAUAUGUUCAACUACGUGAUAAGACAAGUUGAAAAGGGAUAUAUCCUUACCGAGUGUUUAUCUAAUGUUGUUUGUGAAUUUUCUAAGUCAAUAUUACAUAAUCAAUUUGUAGCGGAUCGUAAAAAACGUGAUGAAUUCGUUUAUAUUCAAACUCCUGAAUUGAUGGCUACAAGUCUUGUGAUGAAGCUUCAUAAGAGAUUAACCAAACAUCGGAAAUAUAAUAGACAUUUACCUAACGUUCGACAUGAAAAGAUUCAAAUUGAAUAUCAAUUAAACAAAUAUAAAUGUCGGAUAUUAGAUCAUGUUAAUAUAUUUAGUAAUAAAAAUAAAAGAAGACCAGAUAUUGAACGAAUUGAAAAAAAUUUAGAAAACAAGCGCAAAGAAAUAUUUAAAAGAAACUGGACCCACCCUUGUUUCUUACAAGUUGUGAGGAAUAAGAAUAAGAAUAAGAAUAAGAAUAAAAAUAAAAAUAAGAAUAAAAAUAAAAAUAAGAAUAAAAAUAAAAAUAAGAAUAAAAAUAAAAAUAAGAAUAAAAAUAAAAAUAAGAAUAAAAAUAAAAAUAAGAAUAAAAAUAGUUGA